AUGAUUCUCACUCCGCAGCGAUUAAUACGGUUAUCCAAUGCCCCACGACUGGGCAAUAUGUGGUAUCUGAUAGCGACGGUCACGCUGACAGUCUGCAACCAGCCCCAAGAGAUCCCUACAUUGUACCACUACGCUCUCCACGUGAAUAACGGGCUGGGCAAGCCGUCCGAGGAGCUGUAUCACCGCGUGGUGCAAACGAUCGAAUCUGUCUCGGCCGACAUCAACAGCUGUCCGUACGAGAUCAAGUCCGGGAUGAAGCUGUCUGAUAAAUUCAGAGAAAGCAUUCUCAAGACGGCUGCGUUGAGCGGAUUGCCUAAAGCCAUCAACUCUCUAAUGAUCUUGAGAGAAACUACGCCCAAACCUCUGCGUGCGACCGGCGAUGUGAAACGACAAUCCAUUGAAUCGUUUGCAGAUUACGAGGCAGAACAGGACCGGGGGAUAAAGUUCUGGAAAACCAUCUACAGCAAGAUAAGCGGACGUGUCAUCAACCAGAUGAGCUCGUCAUAUCCAGAUCUAUGGACAUAUACCAUCCAGCAUGUCUAUUCGCCUCUACUGUCGUUUUCAGAUGUGCUGACUCCACAGGAAACCUCUAUGAUUGUGAUAUCGUGUCUUAUCCCGCAAGACGUGAACCCGCAGCUCAAGGGUCAUCUGAAAGGCGCGCUGAACCUAGGCCUGGAUCUGGAAACGGUGAGGGAGUGUCGUGAGUUGGCCAUCGAGAUCAGCAAAUGGUGCGGCAUGGUGUGGAAAGCAGACGUUGCCAAGCUCUAG